AUGCGCUUCGCACAGUUGCUGUCGUGCCUCUCGGUGGCGAUUGGAGUCCAGGCCCAGAUCUUGGACCUUCCACAAGUGGAUGCCUUGGUCGAGGAGGCGCUGAAGCCUUUCGCGCACUAUAAACAUUAUCAUGGUCCUAAGAACGAGUCCAAGGCCCAUCAGCAUGGGAGUCUUCAGGCUAUGAAGCAGUCAGCAGAUGCGUCAUACUGGUUAGCCAACAUCGCUCACCAAGGCCGAGCCGCCUUCAACUCAAAUCCUUCGGGCUACAAGGUCUUUCGCAACGUGAAGGACUACGGUGCUGUCGGUGACGGCGUGACCGAUGAUACGGCAGCCAUCAAUCGGGCUAUCAGUGAUGGUGGUCGCUUCGGUCCCGGGAGUCGCGUCACGAGCACGACCACCCCGGCUGUGGUCUACUUCCCCGCUGGAACGUAUCUCAUCUCAACCUCAAUCAUUGACUACUACUUCACCCAGCUGAUCGGCAACCCGAACUCCCUUCCAGUUCUCAAGGCCACCCCUGGAUUUGUGGGCCUCGGUCUGAUCGAUGGGGACCAGUACCAGAGCGAUGGGGCACAGGGCUGGGGGUCGACCAACGUGUUCUUCCGACAGAUCCGCAAUCUGAAGCUGGACCUGACCUCCAUCCCUGCAAGCUCCGCCGCCACUGGUAUUCAUUGGCCUACUGCACAGGCGACCAGUAUCCAGAAUGUCGUGAUUGCGAUGAGCUCUGCGGCCGGCACCCAACACCAAGGAAUCUUUAUUGAAAACGGUUCCGGAGGAUUCAUGAAUGACAUCACGAUUACUGGUGGCUUAUACGGCGCCAACGUGGGUAAUCAGCAAUUCACCAUGCGCAACAUGGUCAUUUCUGACGCGGUGACUGCAAUCUCUCAAAUCUGGGACUGGGGCUGGACCUAUCAGGGUCUGACCGUCACCAAUUGUACUACCGCCCUUUCUAUGAGCAAUGGCGGCGCAGGAAACCAACUGGUUGGCUCCGUCAAUGUCAUUGACAGCACGAUCGAGGACUGUCGGACCUUUGUUGACACUGCUUGGCAAAGCUCGACUUACUCAACCGGUAGCCUCAUCCUCGAGAACAUCGCACUGAGAAAUGUCCCCGUCGCCGUGAAGGGUGUUAGCGGCACGGUUCUGGCAGGAUCAAAUGGCGCGACGACCAUUGGUGCCUGGGGUCAGGGCCACAAGUAUACCCCCAAUGGCCCUGUGAACUUCCAGGGUGCCAUUACUCCCGCGGCCCGUCCUAGUGCGCUUCUCGCCAGUGGCUCAUCUCGUUACUAUACCAAGAGCAAGCCUCAAUACGAGAGUCUGCCAGUAUCUUCUUUUUUGAGCGUCCGCAGUUUCGGGGCAACGGGCAACGGUGCCACUGAUGAUACUGCUGCCAUCCAGUCCGCCAUCCGCCAGGCAGCUUCCUCUGGUAAAGUGCUGUACUUUGAUCAAGGCACCUACAAAGUUACAGGAACUAUCUACGUGCCGGCCGGCUCGCGCAUGGUUGGUGAGGCUUACCCGGUGAUCAUGGCCACUGGAGGCAAGUUCUCGAGCAUUACCACGCCCGUGCCGGUCAUGCAAAUCGGAAAGCCUGGUGAGUCAGGAUCAAUCGAAUGGUCUGAUAUGAUUGUCAGUACCCAAGGCUCAGCACCGGGUGCUGUCCUCAUUCAGUGGAACCUGGCUGCGGCAACUGGGUCUGGUAUGUGGGACGUCCACACCAGAGUUGGAGGCUUCACUGGCUCCCAGCAGCAGGCUGUUCAGUGCCCCACCUCCGCGGCAGUGAGCGCGAGCUGUGAGGUUGCGUACAUGUCCAUGCAUAUCACCAGCGGUGCCAGUGGCGCAUACCUGGAGAAUGUGUGGCUGUGGACCGCCGACCAUGAUCUCGAUGAUGGCGCCAACACGCAGAUCUCCGUGUACACUGGUCGCGGUCUUUUGGUCGAGGGCAAGAACAUUUGGCUCAUCGGAACUGGCGUAGAGCAUCAUUCCUUGUACCAGUAUCAGUUCUCGGGUGCCAACUCAAUCAUGGCAGGAUUCAUCCAGACCGAAACCCCUUACUAUCAACCUAUUCCAGACGCAGCCCACAGCCCCUAUCCCACCAACUCUGCCUUGCAUGAUCCCACCUUCACCAACUGUCUUGGUGGAAACUGCAAUGCCCUGGGGCUGCGCGUGCUCAACAGCCAGUCUGUGAACAUCUACGGCGCCGGACUGUACAGUUUCUUCAAUCACUACAGUACUGCCUGCUCCACCUUCCCUGUCCCGGAGAAUUGCCAGAGCGAGAUCUUCAGCAUUGAGGGAACGACCAAGAACCUGGUCGUUUAUUCUCUCAACACUGUUGGCACGACCAAUAUGAUUGUCCGAGACAACAAUGUUCUCGCUGUGGUCUCGGAUAACCUGGCCACUUUCGCCGCUACCAUUGCGUACUUUACUUUCUAG